AUGGCCCGCGGCGACGAGUGCAAAACUGCCUCCAAGGCUACACGCGCAUGCAACCAAUUCGACGUCUCUGCUCCUAUCACAAAACCUAUAGCUUCUCAAUCCAAUAUCCAAGAUACUAAGAAACAGGAGCAAAAGAACUACGGCGCCUGGGGCCCCACAUUCAAAGACAAAAAAACCUUUCUCGACAUGCAUUUGUGC